AUGGCCGCAACUGCGCAAGGUGGACGGGACCUGAUAAAGCGGACCGUGGAACAGAUCCAGAAAGACUUCUAUCCUGGCCAGACGGCAGACAAUGGAGGAGAUCCCCAGACAGUGCAGAAUUUCUUCCCACCUGCCAUGGCUGGAUUCUGGUCCCUCUUGCGUGAGUGCCAAAUUGCCGAUGGAAAGUUUAACAGGGCGGAGAAGGAACAGAUCGCCACUGUGAUAUCUUUCUCCAACGAGUGCAAGUUCUGCUGCGCUUCACACUCCAAUUUUGCUGCUGCAGCUGGGGCUGAUGGCGAGGGGUUGCGUGCUGCUGUAGCUGCCAAUGACCCUUCCCUUUUCAAGGAAGAGAGAAUGAAGAAAGUUGGGCAGUGGGUGAAGGAUUGUCAGAAGAAGGCUUCCCCUGCUCUCAAGGAGGCACCACCAUUCAGCCUCGACGAGGCACCCGAGGUGAUCGGCACAGCGUUCACCUUCAACUACAUCAACCGGGUCGUGGACAAAUUCCUGACGGAGGGCCUGGUGCUGCCUUUGUUGCCCUGGCCUGUUCGGUUCCUGCUGCACGCGCUGCCCUUUCUGCAGAAGCCAUUCCUCGGCAUGUUUGCUGGAAUGGUGGGGAAGCACAUCAAGGAGGUCGGGCCAGUGAAGCAGGGCGAGGCGGUGUGCAUCGUGGGCACUGACGCCAAGCCACCGCCGGGGUUCGAAUGGAGCGAGAAGAGUGUUUCUAUCGCCAAGGCCUUCACAUAUUGGUGUCGCGCAAUGGACGACCUUGCCAAGGAGUACAUCCCCCCCGAGGUGACCGAUUUCGUCGGAAAGUACAUUGAUGAGAACUACAAGGGGGAGGAUCCCCCAAUAUCCCGAAAUUGGGUAUUCCAAGCAGCGGAGGAAUCCGGAUUGAGCGAGGCUUACCAGAGCGCCACGCGGUUCAUGCUGCUGAUGUCAUUCGCGCGUUUUCAAAUCGACGGCGCCAUCAAGGCCGACCUGAAGAAACACUUCCCGGACUUCCAGACCCAGCGGGCGAUGGGCAUGUGGGCUGCUCACAAAACGGCGACGGCGAUAUCCAAGUGGGAAGGCGAGUCUGUCAUGCGGAUGUCAAAAUAG